UAUCGCACACGAUCCACGUUUCUAUUUAUUUAAAGAAAGAAACCAUAACUUCCCGCACUCGGAUCUCCCAUAGUAUGUGUAAACUAGCAUUACUAUUGGACUAAAGGUAAAGAACAGCAAAUCUGAGAGUAUACUUCACUCUUGAGCAGAUCAAAGUAAACCGUCUUGAAGAGAGUCAUGAUUUGAAUGUAAAACACACACUUUGCUCUGUUUCUUCACUGUGUAAAACAGAUCUUCUUGGAUCGUUUACUCACUCGGAAGUUGAGAAAGUAACUGUUGCGUUGGCUUUUUAUUGAAAGAGCUUGAUGAUGAAGGGGAGAACAACCAACAAUGUCCAGUCAAAGCGAUCUACCAAGAACGGAAGAAAAGAUCAGAAGCUGCAGAAGAAGAAUAGCCAGAAAAGAUUGUCAGAACAAGAGAAACACGUUGACUCAGAUCCAUCUGAGGCUUACGAGACGGUAGAUGUCGCUUACUUGGAUGAUGACGUAACUGAAAGAAAGGAGAAAGAAGCUCGUGAAUGUAUCAAUGCUGACGUGUGGGAAGAUGCUUCUAAUGGUGCUCUUAGUGCUGGAAGCGAGAACGAGUCCCCUGAUGUAACAGAGAAUAGUGGUGAACACUUGGAGGAAGAGAAGAUUAAGCAUCUGGAGAAGAGACUCGAGAGACUUGAGGAAGAGCUUAGAGAAGUUGCAGCACUCGAGAUCUCUCUUUACUCUGUUGUCCCAGAUCAUUCCAGCUCUUCACACAAGCUCCACACGCCCGCAAGGCGUCUUUCCAGAAUCUACAUCCACGCAUGUAAGCAUUUCACUCGAGGAAAGCGUGCUAGGAUCGCUACAAACUCUGUUUCUGGUCUUGUUUUGGUUGCAAGAUCUUGUGGGAAUGAUGUCUCAAGGUUGACCUUCUGGUUAUCAAACAUCAUAUCUCUAAGGGACAUCAUUUCACAGGCCUUUGGUAAGUCUCAUCACACCUCUGAAUCAAAUGGGAGUAAGAAAGGUCUCCAACAGCUUCUGGAGGAUUGGCAAGAAACUGAAACGUUUACUACUUCACUUGAAACAAUUGAACAGUGGGUCUUCUCUAGAAUCGUUGAGUCUGUUUGGUGGCAGGUCUUUACUCCUUAUAUGCAAUCCACUGAAAGCAACUCAUCUGAGAAGCAAGGAAGCUUUUCUACUAGUCUAUGGAACAAUGCUUUCCGAGAAGCUCUGCAAAGGCUUUGUCCUGUGAGAGGUGCUGGACAUGAAUGUGGUUGCUUACCUGUUUUGGCUAGAAUGGUGAUGGAGAAGUGUAUCAGUAGAUUUGAUGUAGCCAUGUUCAACGCUAUUCUGCGAGAGUCAGAACAUCAGAUUCCAACUGAUCCAGUCUCAGAUCCUAUUCUUGAUUCCAAGGUUCUGCCUAUUCCUGCUGGAGAGUUAAGCUUUGGAUCAGGAGCACAACUCAAAAACGCGAUUGGCAACUGGUCUAGAUGCCUUACUGAAAUGUUCGGCAUGAACAGCGAAGAUGAUGAUGAUGAUGAUCAUGUAGAAAGUGAUGGUAAAGCCUUUGUAUUGUUAAAUGAACUUAGUGAUCUUCUUAUGCUCCCAAAAGACAUGCUUACUGAAAGUUCCAUUAGAGAAGAGAUAUGUCCAUCAAUUACACUUCCACUAAUCAAAAGAAUACUAUGCAACUUCACUCCUGAUGAGUUCUGUCCAGAUCAUGUACCCGGAGCUGUCCUAGAAGAGCUUAACUCUGCUGAGAGCAAUGGUGAUGAGACGCUACCAGAAGAAAGCUUCCCUUAUGCAGCUUCCUCAGUUUCUUACACACCUCCAUCGACCAUGAAUGUAGGAGAGAAAGUUGCAGAGCUUGCAGGGAAAAUGUCAAGGAAUGUGUCUAUGAUACAGAGCAGAGGGUACACUAGUGACGAGGAGCUUGAGGAACUGGACUCUCCUCUUACAUCCAUAGUAGACAAAUCCAGUGACGUUACUGAUUCAUUCACCUCAAAUGAAAGAUACAAGCUUCUUCGACAAGUGUGGGUUUAGUUUAGUGAUUAAAUGGAUCCAAUUAAAAGUGUAAUUAGUGUGUGUGUUACUGUGAACUAUGCCCUAUCCAGUAACCAAAACAACACAUGAAAUUACCAAUUCAAAUAGUGAUUCUUUACCUAAUAA